AUGCAAGAUACCAAUGUAGCAAAAGAAGCAUCAGAUAUAAUUCUUGUUAAUGAUAAUUUUAAUUCGAUUGUCAAAACUGUUAUGUGGGGUCGUUAUAUUUAUGAUUCAAUAGCAAAAUCACUUCAAUUUCAAUUAACUGUUCAUAUUGUUGUUGUAUUUUUUGCUUUUAUUGGAGUAUGUAUUACACAAGAAUCUCCAUUACGUAGUGUACAAAUCUUAUGGAUUUAUCUAAGUAUGAAUACAUUGGCAUCAUUAGUAUUUGCUAUUGACAUACCAACAGAUGAAAUAUUAAGACGUAAACCUUACGAAUGUACACGACCAUUAAUAUCUCGCACAAUGAUAAAAAAUAUUAUGAGUCAUGCUAUUUAUCAAUUAGCUGUUAUGCUUUUUAUUUUAUUUGACGGAUCUAAGGUAUUUAAUAUCGACAAUGAUCGUCCAGUUGAUAGUAUAUUUAAACCAUCUGAACAGUUUACAAUGAUAUUUAAUGUAUUUGUGUUAAUGACUUUAUUUAAUGAAAUAAAUUGUAGAAAAAUUUAUGGUGAAAAAAAUAUUUUUCAUGGCAUAUCUACAAAUCCAUUUUUUUACGUUAUAUGGAUUGUUACAUUUGUUGUACAAAUUAUUCUUGUUCAAUAUGGCUCGUUCGUAUUUUCUUGUGUUACAUUAACAUUUGAACAAUGGACGUGGUGUCUUCUUUUUGGUGUUGCAGUUCUUUUAUGGAAUCAAGUGCUUAAUUUGAUCCCAAUGACGCGUCAUACGUCGAAACUGGGCGGGCAUGGUGUUCAUGAAGUAGUAUCACCUGUUGACCUAGAUCCAGAAGAACAGUCAAGACCAGAAGUAAAUCUAACAACGGAACAAAUGCUUUGGUUAAGAGGAUGA